CCCCUCAUGCGGCUCAUACCCUCACACACACACACACACACAAUACAUUAAGCCCAACUACCUGCCCUGUUCCGGAAUCCAUGGAGGUGAUAAGAGUGCAGGACAUAGCCUCUCUGUCUCAGGGCGAUAUCCCCCCGGAGUUCAUUCGGUCGGAGACGGAGCAGCCCAGCAUCACCACCGUCCAGGGGGUUCAGCUGGAGGUUCCCACCAUUGACUUUAGCAACCCCGACGAGGAGGAGCUGGUGUCUCAGAUCGUGGAUGCCAGUAGCCAUUGGGGCAUGUACCAGAUCGUCAACCAUGGGAUUCCUCGGGAGGUUAUAGCCAAUCUGCAGGCUGUGGGCAAGGCCUUCUUCGAGCUCCCUCAACAAGAGAAGGAGCUCAUUGCUAAGAUUCCUGGCUCUGUCGAAGGUUACGGCACUUUGCUUCAGAAGGAGAUUCAAGGCAAGAAGGGUUGGGUCGACCAUUUGUUCCACAAGGUCUGGCCUCCUUCCGCCAUUAACUAUCGCUUCUGGCCCAUAAAUCCUCCUUCUUACAGGGCGGCGAACGAGGAAUACGUGAAGAAGCUGCAUGGGGUAGUAGAGAAGCUGUUCAAGAGCUUGACGAGAGGGUUAGGGCUGCAGGGAAAUGAACUGUGGGAAGCGGCGGGUGGUGACAAAUUGGAGUACCUUCUGAAGAUCAAUUACUACCCUCCCUGCCCUCGGCCUGAUCUGGCGCUUGGGGUCCCACCUCACACAGACAUGUCCACCUUCACCAUUCUCGUCCCCAACGAGGUCCAAGGUCUUCAAGCCUUCCGGGAUGGCCACUGGUACAAUGUCAGCUACAUCCCUAACGCCCUCGUCAUCCACAUCGGCGAUCAAAUUGAGAUCAUGAGCAAUGGCAAGUACAAGGCAGUGUAUCAUAGGACAACGGUGAGUGACAAGACAAGAAUGUCGUGGCCUGUGUUCUUGGAGCCUCCCUCGGAUCAUGUCGUGGGGCCUCUCCCUGCUCUUAUUAACGAUCAGAAUCCACCCAAGUUCAAGUCUAAGACUUACGGUGACUAUGCUUACUGCAAGCUCAACAAGAUUUCUCAGUGAUUCUUUACAUUCUGUGUUACUACACACGUACUCAAUUAAGUGGUCUUCCCUUUCACAUACAUCGUCUCCUUGUUUUACAAAACUUUUUAUGUACGUAGAAUAACGAUGGUGGUCCCGGCCCUUGUUUUGGAUGGAUAGCCUUGCUUUGUGAUUGCACAAUAAGUGUAACUCAUAUGUAACUUCCGCUUUGACUUCGCAAAUUUAAUAUACAAUGAAAACCGUGUUUUCGUAUUA